AUGCAGUUCAAUUCACGCUAUUCUCUCCUUCCGUCAAAGCUUUAUCACCAUCAACAGCCCCUGCCACUGAAAGGGGCAAAAGCAGGUCAUUUCAAUGCCGCAUUGGCAGAACAGUUGCAAUGGUCUGAAGCCGACAAACAGUCUUGGGUAGAGAUUUGUAGCGGACAAAAAACCUUUAGUGAAUUUGAACCAUUGGCAAUGGUCUAUGCAGGACAUCAAUUUGGUCAGUGGGCAGGACAGCUCGGUGAUGGUCGAGGUUUAUUGAUUGCACAAAUUCUCGAUCAACAUGGGCAAACCAUUGACCUGCAUUUAAAGGGUGCAGGUUCUACUCCUUACUCGCGUAUGGGAGAUGGUCGUGCGGUACUUCGCUCCGUCAUUCGUGAGUAUUUGGCUGGACAUGCGCUGAAUAGUUUAGGCGUGGCUUCAAGCAACGCGGUGGGCUUUACCUCGUCGGCUCAAGGCGUGCAGCGGGAAAAGUUGGAACUCGGUGCCAUGAUGUUACGUACAUCAGACUGUCAUAUUCGCUUGGGACAUUUUGAGUGGAUCAAUCAGUAUCAACCUGAUUUACUCGACGAAUUUACCCAAAGAUGUAUCGCAUGGCAUUACCCCGAGUGUUUAGAUGCGGAACAACCUGUUUUGGCAUUUGCAACUCAAGUGAUUCAACGGACUGCGGUAAUGAUUGCCAAAUGGCAACUGGUCGGGUUCGCACAUGGGGUGAUGAAUACUGAUAAUUUAAACAUUACAGGUUCAACCCUCGAUUUUGGCCCUUAUGGUUUUAUGGAACGCUUCCGUCCGAAUUGGAUUAACAAUCACUCUGACUAUCAAGGCCGCUAUACCUAUCAGCAGCAGCCGAGCAUUGGACACUGGAACUUAUGGACAUGGUUGAAUAACCUCAUUCCGCUUUGUCCUCAAGACUAUGACAAAGAACAAUGGAAGCAAGACCUUGCCGAUUGCCUAGAGCACUAUGAACCCACGUUCUUGGAGCACUACAAACUGGGUUUAAGUCAGAAAAUGGGCUUACCUCAUUUCCACACCGAAAGUUUUGACUGUGCCAUGACCUUCUUACGGAUUCUACAAACUGAACAGCUCGACUACACACAAAGCUUUACUCGUUUGCAGAAUCAACAAUAUGAAAUGAUUAAAGAUGACUGCCUUGACCGUCGUCAAUUUGAAAUUUUCCUCGCUCAGUAUGAACAAAUUCGUGCAAAUCAAGACACAACAGAACUCAAUGCAGCCAUGCAACAAGCCAACCCUGUUUAUAUCCUACGCAAUCACAUGGCGCAAAAAGCGAUUGAGCUGGCUGAGCGGAAUGAUUUCUCAGAAGUCGAACGCUUAUUUGACCUGCUUAGCCACCCGUUUGAGCGAAAUGUAGCACUAGAGAAAGCUGAGGAUUUAGCACCUUUACCAACGGAUGUUCCUGAGGUGAUGGUGAGUUGUUCAUCUUAA